CCAUCUGUAAUCCACAAAUCCUUAUCAGGGUCACUAAGACUCCAUGACACACUUAGUUUGACUUAAUACUUAUAAGUGUCAGGUGUGUAGCUAUAUUUUGAUAUUAAAUUAUCUUCCAAUGAUUGGUUUGGUAAAUUAACUGUGGAUGUAAGUGCUUUGCUUCGAGAUUUUCACCAAGCUACAACUGGAUCAAAAGAAAAUGGACUUCAUGCUACAUUAACGAGUGGAAAAGUAUUUUCCUAGAACCACAGAUCUCCUGCCAUGAGCUCUUCAAACCCCAUUUCCCACCUUACUGUAUUAUCACCAGCUGCUUCUAUUGCCACAGACAGAGAAGAAUGUCGUGAGAAUGGCAGACGUGUGCCUCAAUCAAGUCUUGGUCUCCUAAAUAUGAAUAACAGUAAUAAUAAUGAAGAAGAGAAGGAAAAGAAAGAGGAGGAGGAAGAAGAGGAGGAGGAGGAGGACAAGGAGGCCACAGAAAAGAAAGAAGAGGAAGACAAGGAGGCGAAGGAAAAGAGAGAACAGGAGGAAAAGGAGGCGAAGGAAAAGGAAGAAAGGGAAAAGAAGGAAAAGGAAGAGAAGGAAAAGAAAGAAAAAGAAGAAAAGGAAAAGAAAGAAAAAGAGGCAAAAGCCAAGGAAAUUUUUGUUGUAAAUCCUGCUGGGAAUCUGUAUUACAACUGGCUGUUCAUCAUCGCUUCAGCAGUCAUGUACAACUGGACCAUGAUCAUAGCCAGGGCAAGUUUUGAGGAGCUGCAGCACAAUUAUUUCAUUUAUUGGGUGAUUUUUGACUACACUUCGGACCUAAUCUACAUCAUCGAUAUGUUUGUCAGGACCAGAACAGGUUAUCUAGAACAAGGCCUCGUGGUGAAAGAUAAGAAGCUGCUCAGAGAUCGGUACACGUCCAGUUUACAGUUUCGUCUAGAUGUCGUCUCUAUGUUACCCACUGACAUCCUGUACCUAUACUUUGGUCUUGACUACCCUGAAAUCCGCAUCAACAAGCUGCUGAGAAUUGGCCGCAUGAUGGAGUUCUUCACAAAGACUGAGACGAAAACCAACUACCCCAACAUCUUCCGUAUUGGAAAUCUAAUUAUGUACAUUCUCAUUAUUAUCCACUGGAACGCCUGCUUCUACUUCUCUUUCUCCAAGGCUAUUGGUUUUGGUGCUGAUGACUGGGUUUACCCAUCUCUGGAUGAUCCUGAGGAGCCUGACUUUGGAAAACCCAUGAGAAAGUACGCAUUUAGCCUGUACUGGUCCACACUGACAUUGACCACUAUCGGAGAAACCCCACCACCAGACCUGGAUUCAGAAUUUUUAUUUCAUGUAUUGGACUUCUUGGUUGGGGUCCUGAUUUUUGCCACAAUCGUAGGAAACAUCGCUACCAUGAUCUCUAACAUGAAUGCUGCACAAGCCCAGUUUCAGGCCCGAAUUGACAACAUCAAGCAAUACAUGCAGGUGCGAAAGGUGAGCAAGGAUCUUGAGCUGCGAGUCAUAAAGUGGUUUGACUAUCUGUGGAAUAACGGAAAAGCCCAAGAUGAACGUGAGGUGCUGCGAUAUCUUCCAGACAAACUAAAGGCUGAAAUUGCUAUCCAGGUUCACAUGGAUACACUGAAGAAAGUGCGAAUUUUUGCAGAUUGUGAGGCCGGUCUCCUGAUUGAACUGGUCCUCAAGCUACGACCCCAGGUUUUCAGCCCAGGAGACUACAUCUGCAAGAAGGGUGACAUCGGCCGUGAAAUGUAUAUCAUAAAAGAUGGAAAACUAGCUGUUGUUGCUGAUGAUGGUGUCACACAGUUUGUUGUGCUUGGAAGUGGUAGUUAUUUUGGUGAGAUCAGUAUCCUCAAUAUCAAAGGAAGUAAAGCAGGCAACAGGCGGACAGCCAAUAUCCGCAGUAUUGGGUACUCAGAUCUGUUCUGUCUGUCCAAGGAUGACCUGAUGGAGUCACUGAUUGAGUACCCAGAUGCCAAAGGCAUGCUUGAGGAGAAAGGAAGACAAAUUCUGAUGAAAGAUGGCCUCAUCGACUUGGAUCCAGCCAACAUCAAGCCUGAGACCAAAGAGUUGGAGGAGAAGGUAAACAAGUUGUACAGUACAAUGGAUCUGAUGCAGAUGAAGCUGAAGAAGAUUCUGCUUAAUUACAAAGGCACUGAGAAGGCCAUCCGACACCGUAUCGCUGACCUGGAGCGUCUGACAGGAGAGGAAGUAGAAGAGUCUGAGGAGGAGGAAGAGGUUAAGAAAGAAGUGGAGGGUGAGAAAAAGGAGGAGGAAAAAGCAGAAGAAGGGGAAGGAGAGAAGAAAGAGGAGGGGGAGGGAAAGGAGGGGGAGGGAAAGGAUGAGGCAGCAAAAGAAGAUGAGGGAAAAGAGGAAAAGAAAGAAGAGGAAAAAGAAGAAAAGAAAGAGGAAGAGAAAGGUGAAGGUGAAGAGAAGAAGGAAGAGGAAAAAAAAGAUACAACAGAGGAAGAGAAAAAAUAAGCCCAGAGUUUCUUUAAGGAGAGAAAACAAGCACUUUUCUAUAUGGCCACAUUAGAGUCUUUCCAACAUAAAUCUUUCUUACUGGACUCGCUUAUGAAAUGACUCAGAAAUAAACAAGAGUCAAUAAAAAAACCUGACUGUCUGAAAAACCUACUUAAACCUGUCACAAAACAAAGGUCACCACCACGCACGUUGACAUAUACUGUUCAUUACAGCUGACACAUCUUGAGUAAGCCAGAUGCAAAAUUGAAUAUUGAAUAAUCCAAAUAAAAUGUUGGCUCCAACAUUCUUUUUUUUUUUUUUUUUUUUUUUUUUUUUUUUGCAUAGCCAACUCUUUAAUUUAUUAUCAGGUUCAUGUCACAUCAUUUUUUUUAACCGCAUGUUCUGGAAGAAAUCUGCUAUUCACAGUCCUGCAGUGACACUGUUGCUCACUUGAGGUUAGUAACUAGCAAGGAUUUGCAAGUAAUCACAUGUCGUAAUGCUCUUAUAUGUGCUGCUGUCGUACAGUUGUGGAAGCUUUGGGACUGAAGCCCUCAAAAAGGUUAUGUCAAUCAAUACCUGGUAAUAACAGUGAUUAAAGCAGAUGUAAGAUGUAAAAUUGUAUUGGGCAGCCAGCUGUAAGAUGUCAUAAUAAUCCCAUUUAGUGUUUGCACAGGUCUUUUUGUCUUUUUUGUAGUAUACAUCUAUGAAUAUCCAGGGUACUUUCCACAUACUUUACUAUCAUCGCAUGUUAUAUAUGGAUUCAACACUGAGCGCUGUUUGACACAACGCUCACCAAAUGUCACUGAAGGUUUCAAUUAUAUUUAACCUUUUCUCCUUUGUCAGGUAGCAUUUGUGUUUCAAAAGACUGUUCAUUUUCACUUUGGUGCUAAAAUAUGCAUGUCCUUUACAUUGUAAAGGCUGACUAAAGGUGGAAACCAGUCAUACUGACAAUGAGCACAUUUCUGUUUCAAUCUGGCUUCACACUCAACAGCAGCUGUGAUGAAAAUGACUGCAUUUGAAAGAGGUUACUGUCACUUAUGUGACCUAGUGCAGUAGCUGAUUGUUGAGAAGUGUUUUCCAUUUGAACAUGGAGGAUUUCAUUUAAUGGAAAGGUAAACUGAAAACAAUUACUAGACAUGUUGGGGUUUGCCAUUCCAGUGUGUUUCUGAGAAUUUGUGUGCCUGCGUGUGACUAUUGAUCCUCUUUUAUGUGGCACUUCAUCACAGAGGACUUGAUGGCACCAACACAUUCGCCUCCACAAGAGAAUGAAGCCGCUGAUAAAACCAAACCAAGACGAAAAGCAGCCAAUUAGUGAUAAGAGGCACAGCUAGAGACUGCUAUAAUGAUGCACUGUGGAAAUAAGUCUUUGAGUUAGUUAAUGGAAAAUACGUGACAGUGAAUGGUUUAUCGUACUGCACAUGGUUAAUGUAAAGAUGUCUGUAUAUUUUUGUAUUCAGUUGGACAGAUACAUGUAUAUGUCAGAGAGACUAUUAUUACAGUAUUGUAAUGUACUAUAAUUGUAAUAUAUGUAAUUUUUAUUUUAUUGUAAUACAGUUUGCCUUUGGGGCCCAAUACUCUCAGGGCCCAUAAAGCCCUUCUAUCCAUUGUGUGAUACUAGUUAUCAUUACCAUUGACUGUGUAUAAUAUUAAAUUUCAGCAAGUCCAAACCAAACCUGCUAAAACACAUGAUUGUUAGCAAAUAUUAAAAUAAAACGAACAUGAUACCUGCUGGACAUUAGCAUGUUAGCAUCUGAAGCAAUGUCAUGUCUGUAAAGAAUUUAAGCUGCAUGACCUGGGCUAAUGACUGUAUUAAAACAAACGACUGUAAAAUUGUUUUUUGUGAAAACAAUUUCAACUCAAAGUUCGCAGCUUAGAUUUUUAUCCCUCAUCUUCUGUCUCAGUUGUCAUUCCUAAAUGUGUACAUUUUAUUCCAUAUUCAUGCGUGUUAAUAUGACAUAUCUACAUGUAGCCUUAUUAUCGUUUCAGAGCUGUAUAAUUCAUACGCUUGCUGUGGUUGCAGUUUCUUACUUUCCCAUAACUAAGUCUACCCCUGUAAAUGCUUUGCUUUGGUCUGGAACUCUGCACACAGUCUGUUGCAUAAAUAUUAAUAUCCCACAGUUUGUUUUCAUGAACUCAAUUGUAAUAGCCAGUGAAAAUGUCUUUGCAUAACAGGCACUGAGGCGUGAUGGAGCACAUGUCAUUUAUCCUGGGAGAUUUUUGCCUAUAAGGCUGAUUUCCCAGAGGAGAUAUUUCUCUAUAGGAUUUGGUGCCCAAGGGUCUUCACAGCACUGAAUAAUACUGCAGUUAUUGAAAGGGAAAGAAUUAGUUUUCCAUUGACUAAUACGUGUGUAUGUAUCAUUAAAGCUGUGUAAUUUGCAUUUUUUGUUGCUCAAGACAGUUCCUGGAAGGAUCUACCAUGUUAGCAGUAAUGUAAACUUCCAAAAGAAACCCAAUCGAUGUAAGAUCACAAAAAUCUGAUGAUCUUGUAAUUUAAUGAAUGCAAUAAAGUCUCUGUGCUGUAC